AGCUUACUUCCACCUUUCAGCUUGAGGUCUCACAGACGACAAUGGCCAACGUAGUUACGCAUCCCCAUCUUCAGGUCGACUUCCAUCGUGGGCGCGUGAAUCACUCACCGUCUCCUCUGGGCUUCGGGUUCGGCCUCUCAUCCACAUCUUCCAUGACAGGAUGGCCCUCGCAUGCCCCACAAUCGCCUUGGAAUCUUCCGAUCAACACACAAUAUGCACAGACGAGACCGGGGAAGCGACGGCAUGAAGCAGAUGAGGAGUCAGAGAACAGGCAGGCGAGAGAUGAGGAGAUGGACAGGAGCCCUACGCCGGAACGCCCGAAGCGCGCUGCACCCAAACGGGCACGCACCACGUCAGCCUUGGCUACGAUCAGGAAUGAUGAGAAGGGCAGGAAGGAUGGCAAGACCUCGUCCGACAAUGAUGAGAGCGAUGUUGAUGUGGGUGUACUGCUAGCAAGCCUACCAUCGCAGGCACUUCUCCCGUUGCUCAUGGCGCUGCUCGCCAAACAGCCUUCCCUCAAGUCCACAGUCCUAUCGCUCAUACCUCGGCCAACACUUGAGACAGCCACACAGGCAUUGACUAAUGCGGCCAGCAAACUCCGCGAUGCAUACCCUUAUUCCAAUUCGCCCUUCUCUCAGCCUGGCCCUUCAAACUCCUUUGGGCUAAGUGGAGGAAGCUUUGGAAGCAGCCUGUCGAACGCGCCAUCUACAGCGACUUUUGGUUUUGGUAGGGCAGCGUUCGGCACCGCUCUUGCUUCUUCCCAUGCCUCCGGCGGCAUGCGUGACGAAUACAUUCUUUCCCGGCUGCGGCCACACAUCACGGAGUUUGUCACGACAUGUUUCUCGUACUUCCCCUACUUCUCGUAUGUGGCCCCACGAACGACACUGGGCUCCCCGCCAUCCUCAAAAUCGCACACUCAAUCCCAUGCCGCUGCGCUCCAGUCUCAGCACAAGGACCGCUCUCAUCCCACAGAAACGUUCCUCUUCCUGUCCACGCUCACAACACACAUCUUGCAGCAGCCACCGCUCACUCAAUCAGCCCUUAUUCCUCUUAUUCUUCCUCGCUUGCUGGAAGAGUGGAAUGCGUGGGUAGAUCGCGUGGAUCAGGUCGUUAAUCGCGAAGGUGGCAUGUUUGGGUCUGAGACGGUUCGCGGUUGGGAGAGGGCCUUGGAUGAAUAUGCUCAGGCAAAGGGCUAUGGCCUCGAGGCUCUCAGGCAAGUACGCGAUCACUGGGUGGCGAAGGUUGGGUGGCUGGUCGGCAGGCAGGCGAUGGAGGAAGUGUAAUUGGCCUUUCUUGACAUGGAAAUCGUGGCACUGUUUCCUUGUGUUGUUGCCGCGUGGUAAGGGGACAUUCGAUCUUUCUCGACUCACGACACGAUGCAUCUGCUGUGGUUGGUACUGUUCAUGAUUCUACAUACGUUACGACAUCCAGCUCCCACGUUCAUUGCUUCAUACACACUGCAUUUGUUCUCGCUAUCGCCUUCAGUGUACGGUCAUUGCAUACAUUCCGGAAUGUCACGAUAUAUCGCCCUAAUUACUCAGACUUUCCAUUGUGCAGCCU